CCCGAAGCGAUAUCUCGAUCGAGCAUCCAGCACCGCCGGCGACCGCAUCUAUCGCAAGGGAUGAGCGUCGCAUCUUAUCUCUGCUGACUACACGUGCUGCCGAAUACCUGUUGACCUGUUCCUUCCUUGCUGGGGGAGGAGUGCCGCACACCUCUUGCCCCCCCCCUCCGUUGCCUCCUGCAUAAUCGAUUCACCAUGCCCCGCGUAUCGAACAAAGUGCAUCGCCGCUCCAAUGGGGCCUCCACUCCUCACAAGAACUCCCCUCGCAGAAUCCCCCUCAAUGAUGAUAUGGGCGAGAAAGCGGCGCGUCUGGAGGCUCGCCAGGCUCUACACGAUCGCCAGAUGGACCAGAUCAAGGCUGCCGUCAAGACCCCGAUGCCGCCGCGCAAAUAUGCCAGCUAUGACCGUGCGGAAAGUGAAAGCCCUGCCACGCCUCGUUCCCGCCGACGCGGGCGAGAGAGCGAUGUGAACGGACGUAGAGCCGUGACUCCGAUGAAGCGGGUGCCCAUCUUGGCCAACUUUGAGGAAUGGAUGAAGAUGGCGACGGAUAACAAGAUCAACGCGAACAACUCGUGGAACUUUGCUCUCAUCGAUUACUUCCACGAUAUGUCUCUCUUGAAGGAAGGAGAUGGUGUUAACUUCCAGAAAGCAAGUUGCACGCUAGAUGGGUGUGUGAAGAUUUAUACAAGCAGAGUUGACAGUGUCGCAACCGAGACUGGAAAGCUGCUUAGUGGGUUGGCCGAUAGUCGUGACCGGAAGGCCCAGGAAGCAGAAGCAGAAGGUGAGGACGGCGAGGACGAUGAGGGUGAAGAGGAAGGCACUUCGAGAAGGUCCAAAAGAAAGCAGCGCACGCACGAAGCAACUCUUGCUCCAUCAUUCGCCUCCUUGCAACUCAAGAAAUUCGAACUUGAGUUCACAGUUGACCCACUAUUCAAGAAAGCCUCGGCUGAUUUUGACGAAGGCGGUGCGAAGGGCUUGCUCCUUAACCACCUCUCUAUUGAUGGGCAGGGAAGGAUCGUGUUUGAUAGCAGUGAUGACACCCUUGAUGAGAACUUGCACGAAGCGGGCUCUGGUCGACAGGAUCUGACAGAGAAUGAACGCUCAGACUCGCCGACUCCGGCUCCAAAACAGACGGAUACGGAGAUGAUGGACGAAAGUAUAGAGAUUGACAUUGCUCCUUUGGCGAGCCGAUUUUUCCCUGAGCUGGACCGUCUUGACGAGCAAGACAUCUGUCCCUCUUUGAAAAAUUUUGAUCUUGGAGACCCCAGCGGGUCUCUGGACCUUCCCUUUUUGAAAGCGCCUGAAGAAUGGCGGCAUGAUAAAUCCAUGGACGAGGGACACGGCUUGACUGAUCCUUCAGGCAUCAUGCUUGAUGACGAUAAUGCAGUAGGCUUUGAUGACGACGAUGGGACCCUGGCUGGAUUUGAUCUCAGUGAUGAUGCGGGUUUCGGUGAAGGUGGUGAAGUCUGGGCGAGAGAAGCUGCUCUAGAGCCGAUGCUGAAGGUUCACCGCAUAGACCUGAACGGUAAUGACAAUAAUGACGACGAUGCGGAGCUUGAUCAUGAUGGAGAUGCAUAUACCAUCUCACUCUCACACCAGCCAAACAAUAUGGAGCACGAGAAUAUUCUCAGCUACUUCGAUAACGCCCUGCAGAAGAACUGGGCCGGUCCAGAGCAUUGGAAGAUUCGGCGAGUCAAGGAGCAUGUGGCAGCGAAUAUGACCAGUGCAGCACCCAAGACACGGAAAGAGAAGGAGCCCUUUGAACUCGAUUUUACUGCAGCUCUCGAUCCCGCUGUUGCCGAAACAAUCUACACUCAAGCGAGCUCAAACUCGACUAUCUCUCUGCCGAAAACGCAAUGGAAGACCAAGGGCCGCAAUCUUCUUCCGGACGAUAAACACUUCAACUCCAAACAACUCCUCCGUCUGUUCCUUAAGCCGAAAGCCCGAAUGGGGUCUAGGAGACUCAUCGGCUCGAGACAGUUCAACAACAGACGACAGGAUCAGGUGCCUGGGAAUGGUGAAAUGGACGAGGCCUUCUGGGCGAACCACAAGACUGAAAAUCAAGCUCCUGACUCAAUGGAGGACCCUGCUGCUGGUUCUUAUGAUGCCAACUUCUUCGCUGACGAUGACGGCCUGCCGUUCGCGAACAUGGGCGAUGAUGACGACGAUAACAUGCCAUUUGCCGACGCGAGGGAGAUGCUCUCACCACCCGCUGAUGGAGCACCAGGCGGUGCAGCCGGCGAGGCUGGUGGGCCAUCGGGACUCACUGCUCUUUUGAACGUGAUGGGUGGUGGCACCGGCGGAUUCGGCUCGCAGCUCGUCACUUCAGGUGGAAGACGGGCACGACCGGACUAUGUGGCGUAUGCACGAGUUGCUAAGAAGGUGGAUGUCCGUCGACUCAAGCAGGAGAUGUGGAAGGGCAUGGGUGAUCGGCUUAUCGCGGCCACGGAAUUUGACAACAACAUCAGCACUGGUUCUGAGAUGGACCUGGACGACAAGGAGGAAGACGUGCCGCCAACACCUACAUCGUCAGAUCCAACCCCGAGCGCUGCCUCGGAGGCUGAAAGUCAAAAGGACGGGCGCCUGCGGUUCACAAGCAUCAUGAACUCUCUGAAGACGGUCUAUCCCCAGGAGGCGCUACGAGACAUCAGUACCUCGUUCGGCUUCAUCUGCCUACUUCACUUGGCAAAUGAACAGGGCCUUGUGUUACAAGGUGGAAAUCCCUUCAGCGGUGCUGGGGGUAGCCUGGAAGAAAUUUACGUGGCCAAGGACACACAUGCCGUCAUUGACGAAGGUGGGAUGUAGACUCCUCCGGCUCUUGUUAAGUUUGUGUAUAGUUCUGUGGUUCCUUUCCGGGUGUAGCUAUGUUGAUAUGACUGAAACGGUGCAUGAGAGGAUCCUGUGGGG